UCAUCCAAGAGCCAAUGAGCUUUCAAAAAAGGUAGGAGCAGGACCCACCUCCUGUAGAACUUUAAAGGGAGCACAAAGCUCCAGACAAUGAGGAGAAAGAUUAUUAUCUUUUGCUGGAAGCAGACAAGAGACCAAGAUGCAGAGUACAUUUUUUCUGACUCUUCAGCACAACUCAUCCCAGAUGGAAACUGCCUGCUUUAGCUGUUUGGACACAGCCGAAACACCAGUAAAAAAUAAGAAAAGCAGGCAUAAAGACUGGAGAGCCCUGUUUAACAAUAUUUUGCGAUGUACUCCCUCACCUCACACAGCUACUGAUACCCAUCCCUUAACAAACAAAGCCUACAGACCUACUUCUGAUGAGGUGAACCAAUGGGCCCAGUCAUUUGAUAAACUGCUUGCCCACAAAUAUGGGCAAGCUGCAUUCAGAAUCUUCCUUAAAUCUGAGUACUGUGAAGAGAACAUCGAGUUCUGGCUUGCCUGUGAGGAAUACAAGAAGAUCAAGUCACCUGUGAAAUUAGCCUCCAAGGCAAAAAAGAUCCAUGAAGAAUUCAUCUGGAACAAGGCCCUGAAAGAGAUUAAUUUAGAUUACCACACAAAAAAAGACAUCAUGCAGAAUCUUCAUCAGCCAACGGCUACCUGCUUCUACACUGCCCAGAAGAAGGUCUACAGCCUGAUGGAGAAUAACUCUUACCCACGAUUUCUAUUGUCUGAAAUCUACCAGGAACUAUGCUCUGUAUCACAAGAGAAGAGCAAAUAUCGCAAAUCAUGAACCUUUAACUGGUAUCCAAAGAAGUUCUGAAGGACUGGUAAACAGGGACUCUGAGAGCCUCCACUAUCCAGUAUAUUCUUACAGCUCCUGUUGUAAAAAUCAGAUGGGAGCUGAAAAACACAAUGAACUGGCAAAUGUGACGAGUUGGUCAGGGAAAUGUCUCUUAUAUGGAUAUUAAUAACUUUCACCAUAAAAGGUGAACAAAGAUGUGAAAUAAAAUGUUUUACUGUAUGUAAAAUACACAGGAUAGGGUUUAUUUUGAGACUAGCUAUGGGGCCAAGACAAUUUGGUAUUUGCACUCAAAAUGGGAAGCAGUAAAUGGGAAACUGAAGUCCACUUUAAGGCCUAUAUAUAUAUAUAUGUAAUGUAAUUUAAAUAUGCUGUUGGUGCUGGUCAUCUUUUUAAGCAGUUGCUACUACCACUCUGUAGAAUGCACAGACCAAGCAUUGGAAAGUACUGAAAUAGUAGAUUAUAACACUAAAAAUCAUUCUAGGUUGCAAUGUCAAAAUAUGAUGUAACUAAUGUACCAAGACCAGAGUAAUCUGUACUCCAUGAGGAAUCUCACUGGUCUUUACCCACUGUAUAUGUACAAGUCUUAUCCGCAUUGGCAACCUAUGAUGAAUAACAUUUUUGUAAUAACAGGGUAUGUUUUAAUUGUAUUCUUUCAGAAAUGUGAAUAAAUAUAUCAAGCUGGUCUCAGACAAUUAUUUUGUUGAAGCUACUGUAUUUUCUAUAACAUGUGUAUGCAUUGUUUUUAUUGUAUUAUGACAAAGGUAAAAUGAAUCUCAGAAACAAUUAAUGGUUCUUAAGAAAUGCCAUACAUUUUGUUCAUUUUUUAAAAAUAUGUAUAUUUUUAUGACUACCAUUUUGAGAACUUAAGCUAUGUAUCUUUAUUUUGGCUGUGUGUUUUAAAAAUAAAAAUAAAAUACUACUAUGUUAA